AUGCACGACAUCCAUUCCACGCCGCAAGCGUCCCAGCUCAACGACCAACGCAUUGCUCGCACAUCCACGCCUAGCCUCUCAUCGGCGUCCAGCGUUUCAUCACGGACGUCCUCACCUACGAAACAAUGGAGAAGACUGGCUCUUCAGGCCGACGGCUUUGUCCAUCGCAAGUUUGCGAAGAGCCGCGCUGAACUGCCCUCCUCGCUCGCCACACUCGUCAACGAGCUGCAGGGAAUCCGUUGGGGGUUUCAGCUACUGCCGCAUGACAUGCGCACCGAGUUUGCCGACUUCGAUAUACCAGAUCACGCUUAUCUCCCCGAGGGCAUUCCUGCACCAGCCGGCUUCCGGUGCCCACCCCGAGAUCUCGUUGCAUGGCUGCUAGACCAGGCCGAAGACUGCGAAAUCAACCUUCACGGCGAACCUAGCUGGAACACGGAGCU